AGUUAGUCAUCGCACGCGCACCGCAAACGAGUCGUGUCUUAUAAAAAUUAUCUUCAAGUGUUUACAUUGUGCAAUAGAUAAAAACAAAACAAACGUGAUAAAAUCAGUGAUAUAGAACAAUGGAUGACAAUGAAAAUGAAUUAAUUCAAAAUGGACUACUCUUCAUACGAGCCAGACAAAAUAAACCAGCUGAAGAAAAAAUUAAAAACAUUGCCGCAGUUUUGAGUGAAGGUGCCAAUAUAAACAGCCAAGACGCUAAUAACAAUAACAAUACAAUCUUGCAUAUAGUUACAGAAAAAGGUGAAAAAGAGAUUGUGGAGUUUCUGAUCAGAAACGGAGCUACGUUAGUGUACAAUUUGGACAAUAAAACACCAUUACAUAUAGCUAAAGAGAACAAAACUGAAAUUGGUAAAGAAAUACUUAAGAUACUGAACGAUGGAAAGCGAUUACCAAGUGUUGGAGGUGGCAAUUCUAAGAAACAACGUGUGGAAUUAUACGAGAAUCGUUCCGUUUCUCAAAUUAUUGAGAACGCGCCUGAACAAAUCCUAUACCCAAAAAGAGCAGGCACUUCGGGUGUGAGCGGACAGUUCUAUGAAACUAAGUUACUCAGUUUAGUGCUCCAUAGAGCCCUACACGAUGCUGAUAUAGAAGAAUUUUACCUAGCAACAAACAUAAGAGACAUUGGAGAUUUCGACGAUGUCUGCUUCCGAUUCCAGAUGCAAGAAGACAACAGGACUAAACAUGUCGUGUGCUUCAAGCAAGCCAAGCAUCGAGAAGUUACUGACAAAGCGAAGCUUACCGUUCCCAGCAUCAGAGGUACCUCAGGACAAUUUAGUUUAGCUAGAUAUUUUGACAGUUUUCUUAAAAUUAAGCAAAAGUUUGUGAAAAAAGGAAAAGUAUUUGAUCCUAUGUUCGAAGGUGAGUUCAACGAAAUUGAUUGUUAUUUCAUUUUCUACACACCACUUCAAGAAAGUUUUGAUCGUAAACUUGUUGACAAUAAACCAAUCUGUAGUAAGUUGCACGAGCUUAUAUUUACUGGAGAUAAAGACGAGGUGUUUCAGUUCGAUUAUGAACCGAGUGAUAUUGAUUUUUUAACAAAUUUCAUGCAGAAGGAACGUGUUAAAGCUCUAGGUACUGCAUUCUUAACAUGUAUCUUAUCUAACAAGUCAAAUGAGAUUAUGUCCAUAGACUUAAUACAAUUAUAUCACCCGGCUUUGGCCCAACUCGUAAUCGAAGAAAAAGUUCGCAAUAAAACCUCUUUCGAUGCCAAAUUCCGCGAUGAGUUUUUCGAAACUGAUGACGAUAUACUAAUGACUUUGAGGGACACUCUUUAUAGAAUAGCAGUUUUUAAACAGAGUAAGAAAACUAAACUUUCAAAAGAAGAAGUUAAGGAUAAAAUUCAAGAAAUUGUUCGUAAUCCAUGCGCGCAAACCAUAAGCCCGUUAAUAGGUGACGUCAUAUUCUUUGAUGAAAAAAAUAACAGGCUAAGCGUCGACACUGAUAAAAUCUCAAAGAAACAUUAUAAACAGGAAGAGAUCCGUGAAAUUAACCAUUAUUUACAUAAAAUACAUGUAACGCAAUCGAUUAUUAAUGAUGCUAUUAAUAUAAGCGGUAAAAAUAAGUUAAAUCAACUUCGUUUUACUUUACCUAACACUUUUGGUAACACAGAUUUUCCUUCUAAUUUAAACGACCAAGUGCCAACGGAAAGAUUGAAAUUCCUUGCUAAUAAAUUUUAUGAGUUAAUAAAAGAUGGUAAAAAACGUUUAGAGGAAACGCGAAUAGAAAAUAAUGAUGAAGAAGAACUAAAAUAUCCUAUAGUAAUUGAUAUUUGUAAUCAUAAUGUAGGUCCUAAGAAGAUAUUAGAGUUAAAUCAUUUAACUACUAAAGGAAUUGGGGGUACGGUGGGCAAUCUAUUACAAUACGAUAAACAAAGCCAAACGUUUGCAUUUAACACUAAUGAAAGCACCUUAGGAAAGAACUCGAAAUAUAUGUUAAAAGAAAUUAAAGAACUUAUAGAAGAUGAUUUAGAUAAUUAUAGAUUUAAUGUAAAAAUGAAUAGCUUUCCUCGAACUUGGUUUGAUCCAAAUGAAAACGAUAAAGAACUUGCGAAGGAAUAUUUAGGAAAACUCUGGUUUUAUACGAAUCAAGCUAAAGAAGAUGCUGUGGAGAGUAAACUUAAGGCGGAAAUUGAUGCACAUUACAACGCCAAUAAAAACGAAAAUCAAUUUCUAUUCCGCGUUCACUCUGACGCCAUUUUUCUAAGAUUUCAUGACGAAAUACAAAAAUGGUGGAAGGCGCAAUCUCAAGCUCGUUACUUGACUAAAACUGACUCCAUUUUUGAUGAAGCUAAGAAAGAUAUUGUCAAUAGUCCUGUCCUGACAGUGCUUAACGUUAUGUUCAUUAGAUCUCUUAAAAAGUUAGCAAUAGAAUUCAAUAAAGUUGCAAUAAACGCGAUGAAGCUUAACGAAUUAAUAGAUAAAAAUAAUAUUAUUAACAUAAUCACUGAUGCUGUUAUUUUAAGUGCAGCGAAAAUAAUGCAGCUAGUCAACAAUCAAAAUAAUUUUACUUUCGUUAAUUUAGAUUAUUUCCAUAUACUUCCCGAUAAUGAUUAUGAACAAUUAAUGAAUGAACUUAGAGAAAUGAAAGAUGUUACCUUAGCCAUCCUCUGUGAAACAACUUUAGAUGAACGACACGAAGAAACGCUGAAGAAAAUAAUCGAGAACUGCAACUGCACUAUUAUUGUAAUUACAGAAAAAGAAUUAGAUAAAAAAUUCUCACAAGACAAUAAACCUAUUAUUUACAAUGAUAAAAACGUCAAUUAUAGUGAUCUAAGUUCGAAAACACAGAUGAGAAUUCUAAAUGACUACAAAAUAUGUUACCAGGGUAAAGAUGUGACUUUAAACUCGCUUAUAUCUGAUAGGUCCAAAAGUUUAAUAAACGCCAAGCUUCUAUUAGGAAUACUAAACAAUAAUAAGAUAGAAAUAGGACACACAUUAGACUCACACAAAUACAAUGAAAUAAAAAAGUAUUACAUCCAUAGAAAUCUAAUCAAAGAUGAUGAAGAAGUUACAGUUAAUAAUCUUAAUGAUAUCAAUGACAAAGUUGUACUAAUAACUUCAAAGCCUUGUAUGGGAAAGACUAUACUUCUAACUCAUUUAUCUUUGGAAACGAAGAAAAUCGAUCCAGAACCAUGGAUUGUUAGAGUAAACAUGUCAUUAUACACGAGUGACUAUGAAAAAUGGCGUAAGAAAAUUAACACAACAGAUGUAAUGAGGUUUUUAUGCAAAGUCGCUCUAAAAACUCCUAUAGACGUUAAAAAACUUAAGUUUAUUGAAGCAGAUGACGAAACAGUAGAGUUAAAUAGAAAUAGUAUAAAAGAAGUGCCCGCUGAAUUGGAAUGGUUCAUCCACUUUUAUAAUGAAGGCAAAGUCAUAUUUCUGUUCGAUGGUUUUGAUAGAAUUUAUCCACAUCACACUAAGGAAGGAUUAGAGUUACUGAUCGCGUUGAAACGAGCUAACAAAAGAAUGUGGAUCACCAGUAAUUGCUACAUCAAACACAUUUUAGAGCAAGAACUAGGCUCCUCAUACACUCUCGAAAGAUUAUCGACCUUACAACAAGAAAGCUUUUUAAACCGAUUCUGGAAAACUAAUUUGAAAUUGGAGAAGUUAAACCACGAACAGUUUAAUAAUAUCAACAUGUUCUUUAAUUAUAUUACGAAGAUUUUCAAUCCUAAGGGGAAGUCGUUGAUUGAAAAUAGACCUUUGGUUCCGAUGUUAAGCAUGCCAUUGCACAUAAUAUACCUCACUGCAAUGGAACAUUUUAAAAACGAAAUGAACAGUCUUUCAUCAGUUUUUAUGGCGGAAAAAAUUAAAAGUAAAUGGAAGUUGAAUUCUUACACAGUUAUGGACGAUUUUCUUCGAAACCCUGAGGAAGAACACAGAUUAGAGUUAUCCGGGACACCAUUACACAUGUACAUAGCUGCUAACUACUUUAAAUUUCAAAUAACAGAUAAGUUUGAAUUGAGUUUUAAUACGGAAGAGAUAAGGAAGAGAUCAGCGGUUUAUCUAAACGCCCUAACUUCUUAUGAACGUUUCCUAAAAGGAAAUAUCAAAUAUAUUUGCGAAACGGGCGAUAAAAAUAUCGAGGAUGAACACGAGAAACUUCGAGAUGACUUUUUUGAAACUCAUAAGAAAUUAGCUCUGUUUGCAAUAUGUAAAGAGAAUGACAUAUCAAAGCUUCUCACUGAAGCUGAAAUCACCCAAGUAAAAGAAAUCAUAAGGAAAUUAGAAUCAGGCGAAAUGAAAUCUCAUUUGAUAGAUUGCGUUGUAGACGGUGUACCAAGGUUCUAUAAUCUACUAUUUGCUGAAUAUUUCAUUGUUGAACAGGCAACAGAUCUUCUGAAAGCUAUAGUGCGAGGGGAGUUAGAUCACAUCAAACUGGAAUCAUGCUGGAACUUCUUAGUCAACGGCAUAAUAAUGAUUUGCCCUCCAGGCGUGAGAAACGCAUUCGAUUACAAAUUGAAAUAUGACCCAGAAGUUGCAGAAAUAGCAGACCAAGAGAGCAGCCAGAAGAUUUUGUUUGAAUUAAUUGUGAAACAGAAAGCCGACUCCGAAGCAGCCGGUCGUAAUCCAGAGACAUGUCUGAAUAUUGCUAUUAAUGAAGGAUUAGUUAAUAUAACAAAUCUGUUAUUGAGAAGCACAAGGAAAUAUGUGACGAAAGAUAAUGUAGAAGGAAUCGUAGGGAUUAUAAAGACUGGAGCGUUCGUUCUGGGAGCAGCGAAUCCAUCUUGGAAAGAAUUGACAGAUAAUAUGAUGAAAUGCAUCCAUAAUGUUGAUGGAGAGAGAUUGAUAAAUAUUUUAAAUACAGCCGAAGUUGAGGGCGUGUCUCGCACGAUCACCAAACUUUGCUUAACCACGGAGAAAGGAAAGGCUUUGCAGGAAAAAAUUAAGAGUGAAAUUUGUGAACCUAUACACCAGCUGGCAGAUAGUUUAGUAGAGUUUAGCGAUAACAAUGAAAAUAUGAAGUCUUUGCAAAACUUGUUGCCGUACCAUCUGCCUAGCAUAGUGAAUGCUCUGUUUGGCAGAAAAAAAAAAUAGCUAAUUAAUAGACCUCCAACUCCAUAGCUAAUAAACCUCCAAUAAGAACUCUUUAAACUGACACGAUGAAUAAUGUCAAUUAUUUAACUAAGGGCGUACAAAAACAGAUUUAACUUUAAAAAUAGCGAUAUCUUAGGAGCGAUGAAUCUGGAUAAAAAAAAAACUUCAAUCAUUUUACGUAUUUGUAAGUUUGUAAAGAAAUAUUUUUUUAAAACAGUAAUGUAACUAUGGAGUAUCUUGCUCGUUCUUCUCCAUUAGAAACUACACUUUGGAACGAGAACAUAGCUUUACUAAGCCCCCUUACACAUUAGCGGUCAACUGCGCGGUGAGUUUCGUCAUGUGAGUGAGGUUACCAUAGGCGCAAUUUCACCCCCCUCCCCUCCCCAAUCUCCU